AUGUGUGUCGUCUGCUUCGUGAAGGCGCUAGUGCACGUUUUCAAGGUCUAUCUGACCGCCAACUACACCUACAAUUUCCGCGGCUGGCCCGUGGACUUCCGCUGGGAUGACGUGCACGCCUCCAGCGCGAGCGGCAGUCACCGCGCGCUGACGUGCACCGCGGCGGCGGCGGGCGUGUGGCUGCUCCAGGAUGCGGCGCUGCGUGAACACGAGCCUGGGAGGCCGCUGCACGGGUCACGCAGCCAGUUGCAGUGCCUCCUGCAGCAGAUCAGAGAGCUGCCCAGCCAGCUCGCCAGCUACCUGCUAGCGCACUCGCUGGGCCGCUGGCUCGUGUACCCUGGCUCCAUGUUCCUGAUGACCCGAGCGCUGCUGCCGCUGCUGCAGCAGGGCCAAGAACGCCUCGUGGAGCGCUACCACGGCCGGCGAGCCAAGCUGGUGGCCCGUGACGGCAACGAGAUUGACACCAUGUUCAUGGAUCGCCGCCAGCAGCCGGGCAGCCAGGGCCACGGCCUGCACCUGGUCAUCUGCUGCGAAGGCAACGCCGGCUUCUAUGAGAUGGGCUGCCUGUCGGCGCCGCUGGAGGCUGGCUACUCAGUGCUGGGCUGGAACCACCCAGGCUUCGGGGGCAGCACUGGCGAGCCGUUCCCCCAGCACGACGCCAACGCCAUGGACGUGGUGGUCAAGUACGCGCUGCACCGCCUGCACUUCCCGCCGACGCACGUGGUAAUCUAUGGCUGGUCCAUUGGCGGCUUCACGGCCACCUGGGCCACCAUGACCUACCCGGAGCUGGGUGCACUGGUGCUGGAUGCCACCUUCGAUGACCUUGUGCCUCUGGCCCUGAAGGUCAUGCCCCAGAGCUGGAAGGGACUGGUGGUGCGCACCGUGCGCGAACACUUCAACCUCAAUGUCGCCGAGCAGCUGUGCGGCUACCCCGGGCCUGUGCUGCUGCUCAGGCGCACACUGGACGACGUGGUCAGCACCUCGGACCACCUGCGCCCCCUGCCGUCCGGCGACGUGGAGGGCAACCGCGGCAACGAGCUGCUACUGAGCCUGCUGCAGCACCGCUACCCGGUUGUGAUGGCAAGUGAGGGCCUUGCCAUCGUGACCCGCUGGCUGCGCGCCGGCACCGUGGCCCAGGAGGCAGCUUUCUAUGCGCGCUACCGCGUGGACGACGACUGGUGCCUAGCACUGCUGCGCUCCUACCAUGCGCGCUGCAAGAAGGAGCAGAAGGAUGAGAAGGCCUGGGGGCCGCACGGGCUAGCCUUCCCUUGGCUGGUGGGUCAGGGCCUGAGCCGGCGGCGGCGCCGGCAGCUCGCUCUAUUCCUGGCCCGAAAACACCUCAAGAAUGUGGAGGCGACUCAUUGCAGUCCCCUGGAACCUGAGGACUUUCAGUUGCCCUGGAGGCUGUAG